GGUGGGCCAAAUCCAAGACUCGAAGAUGAGUUGGAUCCGUAAAUAACAACGCUUGGAUGCACGUUAACGUCUCAAUCAAACGAUCUCAACCGUCCACGUAUCACGUUACGGUCCCUCCUCGCAUUCCUCUUCCUCCUCCACCUCGUCCACCUCCUCCUCUUCCAUUGUCAGUAACUAAAAUGAUCCGCGAAUGUGAUGUAACUUGGAAAGUUAACGAAACAAGCACCAUUUUGUUUCCAUCCCCCAACUACCACCAACAGCGAUCCAUUUCCAAGCUCAUAUCCACUUUUCACUUUUCAGAGACAUUGACUUGACAUCGAUUUACAUGGGAGAGAGGGUGGAAGGUUCUAAUUUGAGCGUGACUGCUAAACCGAACAAUGCUAUCAGUGAGAAGAAAACUUACAAAAAGCCUCUGGUGUCAUCUCGCCCCAAAGAUUUUGAACACAGAAAUACUGAACACCUUCUUUCUUUGACCCGUGAUGGAUUUGGAAGCAGCCCUGUAGGCCGUCUCACAUUUUUUCUAAUCAAAGUUGCGGCACUAGAGGCCGUAAGAAGGGUAUCCAAGAGUAGAUGUCCAUGUGUAUGGCGAGGUUUACAGGGUCUACAAAUCCUUGUCUAUCCACCAUUUAAUUGGAUUCAGAGAUGGUCACCCUUCAAGGGUUUGGUCAGAAGUAUGCAGGUACUAUCAAGACCAUUAUUAGUCCUUUCCAUUGCAACUGUUUUUACAGACGAAUCACAAUGUAGUGAUGGGACACCAGAGUAUAUUACUGAUCCCCAUGAUUCAGAAGCAUCUGCAGAUCUGUCUUCAGUCCCAGCCAAUUCAAAUAUAGGUCAUAGCGAGAGCGAUCCUGAAGUUUUAGAAUAUGAGAAAUGGUUGACUCAGCUCAAGCAAGAGUUGGAAAUUCAAGGGAUUAGUUUGCCAGAAAGAGUCGAUGACGAUGAGCUCCACAGAUUUUACUCGGCUUGUAAUAAUGACGUUUCAAGCUUCUUUACAGCAAUCAAGAAGACAAUUCAAUGGCGGGGGAGUUACAAAAUUUUGUCAGAAGAAGAGCUAGAGAGUUGGUCAAGUUUGGUGUUCUGGCAUGGGUUUGAUGUGAUGCAAAGACCUUGCCUUAUUGUAAGGCUUGGCCUAGCUUGUAGAUCAUUGGUGUCUCGUGAUAGACCUCAAUUUGCUCAGGCAGUUAUAUCACAGGUUGAAUAUGGAGUCUUGCACUUGGUCAGUGCGGACAACCCUCAGAUUACAGUAUUGGUGGACUGUGAAGGGCUAUCUCCGUUGAGAAUUCCCAUGAAAACCUUGAGAUCUUGUUCUUCCCUUCUGCAAGAUCACUUUCCUAAUCGACUUGGUGGUUUGUUUGUCAUACGACUACCAUCUGUCGUUCGAGUCAUUGCCCAGACAUUUAUUUCGGUUUUAAAGUCAACUACCAGGAAAAAGUUGAAAAUAGGAGAGAUUCAUCAGAAAUUUCUUCGGGAUAAUCUGCCGACACUACCAGCAUACCUUGGAGGGUCCUGCACUUGCAUUGUAUGUUGUAGAAUUGGCAAGAGGAAUGUGCUCCAACCUGGUGCAACUGGAACCAGCAGCAUACAUAGGGAGAUAAAUAUCAGUGACAAUGAGGAUUCUUCAUCACUGCAUUCAUCAUCCAAUAGUGACUUGGAUGAGCAGCAGAACAAUAAAUAUGACCAGUUGUUGAAAACAGCCAUCAUAAGCAUUCUAGUAUUUUGGGUUUUGGUAGCUAUUUCUGCUGGAAUAUACACUCCUGAAAAUCGUUUGGUCUAAAUUGCCUUCAUUCAUCUAGGUGAAUAAAAUCUUUAGAGAACCAAGUGUUUUUUGAAAUAAAAGGUGGAGUCUUCAGAUAGAAAUAUCUCCAAUUAAGCUUGUACUAGUUCCUUAUAUAACACAUUUUUGUGUUUUUUCUUUUAGAAUAAUAUCAAAGGUUCCACGUUAUAGUAGAAAAAUGGAUUCUUUGUUUUCACUGGUGAAAAGGAUUUUGAAUAUACUAGAUUGCAUUAAGGUGUUA